AUGGCCGCUGUCGGAAAAAAAAUAAAGGCUAGAAGAGUGUUCAAGUCUACUGUUUGUUAAAUUAUUCGGAUUAAAAAAUAUUUACAAAUAUGAGUGAACAACCUAAUGACGUUUCAUGGGCUUUGAAGCUUCUUGAUCACGAUUCUACUUAUGAGCCAAAUCUUAUAGCUAAAUAUUUCCAUGAACUUUAUUGUGGAAUGCUUGGAGGAGCAGUUCCUGCUCUCGGAAAUUUACUUUAUAGACGACCCAUUUGGGCAGGUAUGCAAAAUAUAAUUUUAGGUCUAGCAAUAGGAGGAGGAAUUGGACAUUAUUUAAAAAUUCGUGAAGAAGGUAUUCUAGCAACAAGAGACGCAACAUACCGUGAUUACAUUAUUCGCCAUCCAGAAGAUUUUCCACCUCCAGAUCGUAAGAAAUUUGGAGAAGUAUUCCAUCCGUGGUUACCACUGCGUUAGGAAAUGAGCGUAUAGUUUAUAUAUUUAAUACAAUAAUAAUAAUAUUAUUAUAAUUAUAAUUAUUAUUAACUUGGUUUUUAAUAAUACAUUAUCUAAAUACGCGGAUAAAUAUAUACGCGGCCUGUAAAAUAUACUGUUGAUUUAAAGA